UAUGUUUAGACCAGAGACUUUACGAGAAGGUUAGACAUGCAGAAUUAAACAAUCCGGCAUUCACGAGGACAGCUACGUGUUCUCUUGCUGUUCUCAACGGCUGCCGUAACUAUGACGACAGUUAACGGGACCGACUGUUGAACCGUAACGCAGGUUUUCCCGCGCAAGUCCAACUCUUUGUCUUGUAGUUUCUUCAGAUACAGCCAGGAGGAGCCGGCAGAGCCCGGAUGUGUGGACUAACUUAUUGAGGAGGACUUUGUUCACAGUUUAAACCUCAGACUCGCGAAGCUAGCAGGAGCUACACGGACCCGAGCGGAGCCGAGUGAGCGACGCGCGUUUCCCGGAGCUGUCUGGAGGAAACGUUUCUGAGCUCGUGAACAUGUCUAAAGCCCAAAUGCUGAGAGGUUUCGUCAACCAGCGACUCACUGCGGCUGCGCAGGAGAUCUGCGGGCUGUUUGAAGGAACGAUCGCAGAGUACGAGGAGGAACUUUGUAGUUUAAAAGAGGAGAACGAGCGGCACCGGAAGCUGCUGUGUUCAACCCGGAAGUCCGGGUCCAACGAGCAGAGGACCCAGAGCCAAAUUUCCCCUUGGGGAUUAAUAAAGUUUAUAUCUAUCUAGAGCCCCCCCACAUCAAAGAGGACCAGGAGGACCCAGAGCCCCCCCACAUCAAAGAAGAACAGGAGGACCUCUGGACCAAUCAGGAGGGAGAGCAGCUUCCAGGGCUGCAGGAGGCUGGUAUCAGGUUCUCAGUCUCUCCUGUAAAGAGGGAAGAUGAUGAAGAGGAAGCUCAGUCCUCUCAGCUUCAUCAAAGACAAACUGAACCGAUGGAGACAGAAGCUGAUGGAGCGCAUUGUGGAGGACCAGAACCAGACAGGAAGUUAGAUCCAGGAAGCGAUCCAGGACCAGAUACUGAUGAGACUGAGUACAGUGAUGAUGGGGAGGAGACUCAGGAACCUCAGUCAGAUGAGAACCCUCUGCUAAACAAAGAAGUCCCUGUAAGGGAUGUGAACUGUAGUCCUGGAACUACAUCAAGCAGCUCGCCUGCAUGUGCUGCACGCUCUGACCACCAGGGACAUCUGGAGAAACCCAGCAGCUCCAAAACAGGAGAGAAAACAGUUCAAUGCUCUGUGUGUGACAACAUAUUUAGAUUCAAUAGUGAUCUAAAGAGACACAUGGCUGUCCACACAGGAGAGAAACCAUUUAGUUGUUCAGUGUGUAGCAAAACAUUUAAACAAAAGGGACACCUGAAUGCUCACAUGACUGUCCACACAAGAGUCAAACCUUUUAAAUGCUCUCUUUGUGACAAAAGAUUUGGAUUCAAUAAAGCGCUAAAGAGUCACAUGACUGUCCACACAGGAGAAAAAACAUUUAAAUGUUCUGUUUGUGAUAAACGAUAUGGAUUAAAUAACGAUCUAAAGAGACACAUGGCUGGCCACACAGGAAAAAAACCAUUUAAAUGUUCUGUUUGUGAUAAACGAUAUGGAUUAAAUAACGAUCUAAAGAGACACAUGGCUGUCCACACAGGGAAAAAACCAUUUAGUUGUUCUACAUGUGAUAAAACAUUUCCACAUAAAAGAAGCCUGACCUAUCACAUGAAUAUCCACACAGGAGAGAAACCAUUUAGUUGUUCACUUUGUGAUAAAACAUUUUCACAAAAGCCCAAUCUGACACGACAUUUAGUUAUCCACACUAGAGAAACUAAGUAGUCGUGGAGUUCGCUCAACAAGAUUCUCUUGUCUCGGUUAUUCCAAACAUCUUUGAAGUAUUCCUGAGAGUCUCUAAAAUAAAUGUGGUGAAACCCUUAAAGGGUACCUGUAGUCAAAAACAACAACGUGCUACAUCCAUUAGGCGCAUCAAAUAAAUCAUAUUUUCCCUGCCGCUAUUGUCAACAAGUCACGCAUAGCCCGAGGCUUUACAUUUCUUUGUCAACAUUCCGAGUCCGUGAACGCUUCAGGGCGCAGACAUCUUGCCAGUUAUUUACUCAUGUCAAAGGUCACUAUGACGUAGAGUCGUUGAAAGGAAUUCAGCCAAUCCGGAGCCACUUCUACACGCGUUGCUUCUUGGGAUAGAUCGGUGGCCUCAAGAAUUACACAAUCUAUAUCAGGGGUGCUCAAUACGUCGAUCGCGGCGACCUGCCAGUCGAUCGCGGCGUAGUAUUGGUAGAUCGCAUGACAUAUAAAAAAUUGGCCCGCCCCCCUGUCACUUUCUCUAUAGCGCCACAUUACAGCAGCAGCACGUCAUUUCUGUCUCUACGUGUUGCGCUGACAGUCCUCUGCCCGCCGUCUCGUGCGCCAUGGAGCUCCGACACCGGUUUGCGCGCAUCGGGACGGACGGAGCAAAGAAAAAGUCACUAGCACCCCCGAACAUGUCGGCCGAUCAUUGCAUCAAUGAAAGACAUCUCCAGCGCUGGCUUAUGCGCGAUGUAGCUAUCCAGCUCACGCUUUUGUGUAAAGCAGAUUAGGUCUAAUGUCACGAUAUCAUCGGACAUAAGUUCGUGUUCUUUACAACAAAUGCACUCUAUGUCUGUUUUUUGUGGCACACAUUUCCCACAACUGCACCAAACGUCCGCCGACUUGCGUGCACGGUCCGCACGGUGAAGCAUCUGGACCGGCGGUCCUUCGGCAUCAACUUCAUCAGAAUCAUCGCUAUCAUCGCUGUCACAAUUAACUAAACGGGGAUAGUCUGCUUUUAAUGGUUCAUACAAGUAUCCAGUUGCUGAAUCUGACAAUCUUUCAUCGUCCAUAUUUCGCCCGUUUUCUAUAUUAUUAUCAAGUUCUCAGCAUUUG